AUGCCGAACCCUUCAGCACAGCGAAAUGGGCGGAGCAUGCGGUCCUACAAGCCCUCGUCAAAGCCUUCAAUUUCUGGCAUUGGGCUGCCAAUGGAGGCCACAUCUGUCAGCCAAAAGUUUGAAGGGGUUGUGGAAAUAGAUUUUCUUGAUGACAAACUGGGAUUCCCAAGAUAUGAUUCAGGUCCCAAAAAAGUUGGUUGGCUUGUCAAUAUGCAUAGUACCACAAGACAACUAGACAACUCACCAGUGAAUGGCAAUGCCGGUGUCGAUUAUUACUUUUUAGACGAAGAGGGUGGUGGAUUUAAAGCCACUGUUCUUUUUGAUCCAUAUUUUUUAAUCAUCUGCAAAAAAGGCUACGAAGCUGAAGUCGAAGAAUAUCUGAAAAAAGUCCUAGAGGGUGUUUUGAAAAAUACAACAAGACUAGUAAAAGAGGACUUGCAAUUGCCAAAUCAUCUUCUUGGAAACAAACAAACACUUAUUCAACUCACAUUCCAUAACGUCACUGACUUACUAGCGGCGCGUCGCAUUAUUGCACCGCUGGUUGAAAAAAACAAAUCUAAAAAAGAAAUCAAAGAUACCUAUGAAGAAAUUGCUCUUUCUUCCAUUAAUGUCGAUUUUGACGAUCUAAAUAACGACAAAAAACUUGUCCAAGAUCCAUCAGAACUUAUUUAUGAAAUUAGAGAAUACGACGUACCAUACCACGUUCGUGUUGCCAUCGACAAGGAUAUCCGAGUGGGAAAAUGGUACACUGUCGAAUCAAAAGCUGGUAUCAUUCAGCUAACUGAAAUGCCCGAACGUGAAAUUCGUGCGGAUCCUGUUGUUUUAGCGUUUGAUAUUGAAACAACAAAACUUCCUCUCAAGUUCCCAGAUGCUGCUAUUGACAAAGUAAUGAUGAUUUCAUACAUGAUUGAUGGCGAAGGCUUUUUAAUCACCAAUCGCGAAAUUGUUUCUGAAGACAUUGACGAUUUUGAAUAUACACCCAAACCAGAGUACCCUGGUGUGUUUACCAUUUUUAAUGAACCUGACGAAAAGGCUUUGCUCGAGCGAUUUUUUGAGCAUGUUCAAGAAGCAAAACCUUCAGUCAUUGCCACUUUCAACGGUGACUUUUUCGAUUGGCCCUUUGUUGAAAAAAGAGCCGCUGUCCAUGGUAUUGACAUGUAUACUGAAAUUGGUUUCAAAAAAGAUUCAGAAGAAGAGUACAAGUCUACCCAAUGUGUUCAUAUGGACUGUUUCCGUUGGGUCAAGAGAGAUAGUUAUCUGCCCCAAGGUAGUCAGGGUCUGAAAGCAGUUACCACCGCCAAGCUAGGCUACAAUCCCAUUGAAAUUGACCCCGAACUCAUGACACCCUAUGCAAUGGAAAAGCCUCAAACAAUGGCAGAGUAUUCAGUUUCAGAUGCCGUCGCCACUUAUUAUCUUUACAUGAAGUAUGUCCACCCUUUUAUUUUCUCUCUAUGCAACAUUAUUCCGCUCAAUCCUGAUGAAGUUUUGCGAAAAGGUACUGGUACUCUUUGCGAAAUGCUUUUAAUGGUUCAAGCUUACAAAGGUUCUAUUGUUCUUCCAAAUAAGCACACAGACCCGCUGGAACGAUUUUACAAGGGUCAUUUACUAGAAACUGAAACCUAUGUUGGUGGUCACGUCGAAUCUUUAGAAGCUGGUGUUUUCCGAAGCGACAUUCCUGCGGAAUUUGAAGUUGACUCCACUGCAGUUGAUGAACUUUUGCGCGAUCUUGACAACGCUUUGGUAUUCAGCAUUGAAGUGGAAGCCAGCAAAAAACUAGAAGAUGUUACAAACUACGACGAAGUCAAACAAAAAAUAACAGAAGCCCUUAUGGUUUUAAAAAAUGAACCAAAGCGCAAUGAAAAACCUUCCAUUUAUCACGUCGAUGUCGCGUCCAUGUAUCCAAACAUUAUGACAACUAACCGUCUGCAACCAGACUCCAUGAUUACUGAAGAAGACUGUGCUGCUUGUGACUUUAACAGACCUGGUAAGAACUGUGAUCGUCGUUUACCGUGGGCCUGGAGAGGUGAAUUUUUCCCAGCAAAGCUUGAAGAGUAUAUGAUGAUUCGUCGUGCUCUAGAAAACGAAGUUUUUCCAGCAAAGUCUCCCAAUUUUCCUCCAAUCCCAUUUAGCUCAUUGUCUGCUUCUGAGCAAGCUUCGCACACCAAAAAGCGUCUCACCGAAUAUAGCAGAAAAGUAUACCAUCGUGUCCACAAAACAGAAACUAUUGAGCGUGAAGCCAUCAUUUGCCAACGCGAAAACCCAUUUUACGUCAAUACUGUGCGUGAUUUCAGAGAUCGUCGUUAUCAUUUCAAAACUCUGCAAAAAGUCUGGAAGAAAAAGGCUAGCGAGGUUCCUGCAAACGAUGCUGCCGGAAAAGAAGACGCCAAGAAAAUGAUUGUUCUUUAUGACUCGCUCCAACUCGCACAUAAAGUCAUUCUCAAUUCCUUUUAUGGCUAUGUCAUGAGAAAAGGUUCACGUUGGUACUCCAUGGAAAUGGCUGGUGUUACUUGUUUAACAGGUGCAACAAUUAUUCAAUUGGCUAGAAAACUUGUUGAGCGGCUGGGCCGCCCGCUUGAAUUAGACACUGAUGGUAUUUGGUGUAUUCUUCCUGGUUCAUUUCCUGAAAAUUUUACCUUUGAUCUCAAAGAUGGCAAAAAGAUUUUCAUUUCUUACCCAUGUGUUAUGUUAAAUCAUCUUGUCCACGCUAAAUUUACAAAUCACCAAUACCAAACCCUCGUUGAUCCCAAAACACAUUCCUAUUCUACAAUGAGUGACAAUUCAAUCUUUUUCGAGGUCGAUGGCCCUUAUAAAGCUAUGGUUUUGCCUACAUCAAAAGAAGAAGGCAAAGGUCUCAAAAAACGUUAUGCUGUGUUUAACGAUGAUGGGUCUCUGGCUGAAUUAAAAGGUUUCGAGUUAAAACGUCGUGGAGAACUUAAGCUUAUCAAGACAUUCCAAAGUCAAAUAUUUAAAGAAUUUCUUCAUGGAACAACUUUGAAGGAAUGUUAUGGUGCUGUUGCACGCGUUGCCGAUAGUUGGCUUGAUAUUCUAGAGUCCAAAGGUGCAACUCUAGACCGUGAAGAACUUUUGGAGCUCAUUUCUGAAAACAAGAGUAUGUCUAAAAGUUUGGAAGAGUACGGCAGUCAAAAGUCUACCUCAAUCACAACCGCUGGCCGUCUUGCUGAGUUUUUGGGUGCUUCUAUGGUUAAAGACCGUGGUUUGAAUUGUAAGUACAUUAUUGCAGAUCGACCUGCCGGUGCUCCAGUCACAGAAAGAGCCAUUCCUGUAGCAAUUUUUUCUUCUGAAAGAAGUGUCAAAAGCCAUUUUUUGCGCAAAUGGCUAAAAGAUUCAUCUUUGGAAGAGUUCGAUCCGAGAUCCAUUAUAGACUGGGGAUAUUAUUGGGAACGUCUUGCUUCAACUAUUCAAAAAAUCAUUACUAUCCCAGCUGGUUUGCAAAAUGUUGAAAACCCAGUUCCUAGAGUUCCGCAUCCUGAGUGGCUUGAGAAGCGUGUCCGACAGCAGACCCAAAACUUUAAGCAAAAGUCACUUUCCAGUUAUUUUACAAAGACCAAGGGCCCUGCUCCUUUUUCAAACGGAAACUCUUCUGAAUCCCAGAUUGGCGACAUCGAGGAUGUGGGUAAUGGUUUGUCCAAAACAUCAGCCGUUAUCUCAGCUCAUCCUAAAGUAGCCAAAGUUACCCGUGUUUCUAAAAGACGCAAUGACGCUUCCAAAGCUGCUCAGCCUGCCGAAGAAUUUGAAAAAUUGCCUGAUAAAGUGCCACCAAUUGAUGGCGAAUACAGUGACUGGCUUAGCUACCAAAAGAAACUUUGGAAGAUUCAGAAAGCAGAGCGGUUGCGCCGCCGCCAAGUGUUUGGCACUUCCGGCUCUGCAGUAUCUUCUAUCCGUGCUACUGGUAUUGCGAGCAUGAUGCAAAACCAGGUUCAACAAGCCUUUGGACAUGAUGUUUGGAACAUUGUACAAAUUCUAAACAAUCCCUCAAAGCCUGGAGAGGUUCGCGUCACAGUUUCCAUUGGCGGAAAGUUACAAACCGUCCGAGUCAAAGUUCCACGUAAAAUAUACGUCAACUUCAAGACAGGAUUUAUUGUUUCAGAUCUUGAAAAGGAACUGUCAAAUAGCAAGAUUGAAAAAGUUCCAAACAUAGUUCUGCCAGAUGGCUCUACAUCUACUUUGCUUUAUCGUCUGACAAUGACGGAAGAAGCUUACCUUGAUGAAAUGGACAAGCCCACUUCUAUUCUUAAGCACCCUCUAGUUGAAGGCAUCUACGAGUCCAACAUCGAUAGCACACAGAAUAUGGUCUUAGAUAUUGGUCUUGCUUGUUCUCUCAGUAAUAAUAGGCCUGGUUUGCUUGGUAAGGGAUUGGCUUCUGGGUUUGAACUAGAAUGGCUUUCUCCUUAUGAUGGAAAAUCUUCUAUCCACGGUAAAGCGAAACAUAAUUAUCUUGAUUCUGUUUCGUUUUCUUACAUUCAUAUCAUCCACGUUUCAUUUUUGGACCACCAUAUUGUGCUCAUCAUUCCCACUUGGUCUUCAAAAGCCCACAUUUUGAUUGCUCGACCAAUUUCCCAAGCACAACCUUUCCCUAAUCUUGCAAGAAUUUACACUUCUUUACUUGCCGAAAGAAAUGCUCGUAUUCAACAACAAGGUGAUGACACCCAAAAUCUUUUUGAAUAUCCCAACUUUAUGGCGUUUGAAGAAACUACAUUCAAUAGCCUAACGCGUUUGUUCCAGCGAGCAAACAAAAUUCUUGAAGCAUUACAGAGUGAAAAGGGCAUUCAAACCAUUGUUGCACUGCAGUCACCUACAUCAGAACGUUUCAAGGGCAUGGUCCGCACUAUCAAUGACUUCCCCAUCUGUCAAAUUCGUGCGACCAAUACCUCAUCAUUCCCAUCUCUUGGUUGGCAGCAAAUUGCCGCAAAAAAGAUGAUUGCCCAAUUUUUUGGACUUAACAAAUGGCUAGUCCACCUUCAUGGACUUGCAAAGUACAGUAAGAUUCCCCUUUGCAAUUUGCAGUGGGAUGAUAUGCGUUAUGUUAUUGACGUUAACUAUGCUAGACGUCUUCGAGCUGCCGGCCUUGUUCUUUGGUGGUCGUCAACGCCACUUCCGGAUGAGGGUGGAAAAGAAAACGAUGCAAUGGCAUUGAGUGAAAUCGAUGCACUUGAUUUGCCUGUGGUUAACAACCCAGGUCUUUAUACCACAGUGUGCUUAGAUCUGAGCGUACGAAAUCUUGUCAUCGAUACUGUCUUAACGGCUUCCUUGUUGAUGAAUGCUGAAGGUGGUGGCGGAAGUAGUGGUAACUCCAUCUUGAUGACAACCGAAUACGAAAACGGUCAAGUUGAAGAAAAAGUUGUUCCCUUUGUUGAAGGCGCGUUCUCAACACCAGCUAUUAUUGCUCUGUCCAGCAUGGUUAAGGGAUGGUGGAACCAAGCCCUCAAAGAAGAUGAGUCAUCUCCGUUAGCAAUAUUUUCUGAUGCCAUGGUUAACUCAUUCUUGUCAUGGGUAUCUUCCCGCGAUUCCUUUAUGUACCAUCGCACUCUUUUGCAGCACGUCAACACCUUGACGCAAAAGACUUUUAUCCAACUUUUGCGUGAAGUACGCAAAUCUGGAUCUCGGUUGGUUUUUGCUGACCAAUCUCACUUGGUGCUUUUGACUUCCAAAUCCUCUGUCGAAACAUCAUACGCGUACGCCAAUUACCUCAUCAAAACAAUUCAUUCCAAACCCUUUUUCCAGUUUUUGGAUCUUGAGAUUAACUGUUACUGGGGCCGCCUUUUGUGGAUGGAUGACGUCAACUUUGGUGGUCUUGGUUGUGUGGAUAUUGAUGCCACAAGCAGCAAUGAGGUUCCAUUGGAAUUGGCUCUGAAAUGGGACAUCAAAGGAUUCCUUCCCCCAAAGCUCGCGUUGGAAUUUGACAGUUGGAUCACCAAGUUCCUGGAAGCCGUUGAUGAGAAAGUUAGCCACUAUGAUCCACAUGCUACUGCAGAUUCCGAUAGCGAUAAUGAAAAGGCUGUGAGAGCUACUCAAAUUCCACAUUCUAAUGAAGACACAGCCAACAUGUUAAAAGGCACUGUUCAAGGUUUGCAAAAGCAGUUUUUGAGCCGGGUACGUGCUUUGAUCCAGAAGCAGCACUUGUGUAUGAAGGUGAACAUUGAAGAAGCUAUUGCUGAAGAAAACGAAGAAGAUAUUGCUUCUUAUAAAUCAUUCAAUACGGUGUCGCAUCCGGGAAGCCUUGCUCAAGCAUUUACUUUGGCUACAAAUACUUUGGGUAUCCCUAUAAUGUCCGGAUCAGGCGUAUCGACAAAUGGAUAUGGCAACCAAGUUUCUUCCAUGGGUAGCUCAUAUAUCCACAAUCAAAACAUUACCAACAACAAUGUGCUGCAGCUUGUCAAAUUCAUUUGUGCCAUAUUUAGUCUUGCCAAAAGCAUCGAACUUGAAGUACGUCUUUUUAGACGUAAUGCAUUGUCCCUUUUUGAUAUCCGCGAGUUUUCUACUGAAGGCAACUUUUCCAAUCCCACGGCCUCUUUACGCGUCUCAAACUUUUCUUGCUCAAAUUGUGGUGAUGUGCGCGACGUUGACUUGUGUCGUGGUGUAUCUGAAAGAAUUCAAUAUGCCUACAAACUUUGGCAACGUGCUCAAAAACAACAACAGGAAAAUAACAUUAAUCCUCUUGACGACACCUCUUUUGGUAAAUCAAUGAGUCUUGGAGAAUGCACUGAGUGUGGUCAUCCAUAUAGCCGCGUUCAAAUUGAAGAGCAGUUGAUUCAGCAAGUGCUGCGACUUUUGACGCAAUAUCAAGUGCAGGAUUUGAAAUGUUCACGAUGCAAGCGCGUGAGAGAAGACGACAUGUCUUUACAUUGUCCUUGCUCUGGAGACUGGAUCGAAAGCUUACCUAGAGAUGAAGUAGCCCGUAAGAUUGCUAUAUAUGCUCAUUCUUCUGGAUUUUAUGGCCUGAAACUUCUUUCGGGCUUUAUUGAAAACCUUUUUUAG